ACCUGUACGGGCUCUUGUAAUAAACCAAGUGUCAGCUGAAGUUAUGGCCAGUAUAAGUGAGCCUGUUGAGCAAUGGACACCCAGACAGGACUACCUGAGAGAUGAUGACUAUUUCAUGGCCUUAGCCCUCCUGACAGGCCAGAGAAGCACACAUCCUGACAAACAGGUGGGUGCUUGCAUAGUGAAGGACAACAAAGUCAUUGCAGUUGGCUACCACCAAGUGGUCAAGGAAGGUGCAGAUGUUCAGCAGGGGCGACCCCCGACGGAAAGUGAGGACCAGGUGGAAUAUCAUGCAGAGACUGAUGCCAUCAUAAAAGGUGCAGAUGUUCACGGCUGCACUAUGUUUGUGACUGAGUUUCCAUGCUGCCAGUGUAUGAAGGUCAUCAUCCAGGCAGGAAAUACCAGCCCCAAAGGGAUGACAUUGUCAUCAAAUGUACACAAGAAGAGACAAAACAGCCAACCAAGAAACAAAAAAAGGACAGCACAUUAAUGAUGGCUGACUCAGAUUAUUUCAUGGCUGUGGCCCUGCUGACAGCACAGAGAAGCGGGGAUCCCAACACACAGGAGGGGGCCUGUAUUGCGAGAGACAACGAGAAAGUGAUUUCUGUUGGUCACAAUCAAAUGCCUAAUGAUAAUUUUGACACUUAUACCUGGGAUCGUGAUCUAACGAAGGAUAACAAACAUUUUUAUGUGUGCCAUGCAGAGCUUAAUGCCAUCCUAAGCAGCACUGAGGUCAGAGGCUGUACCAUCUAUGUGACCCUUUUCCCCUGCAGUCACUGUGCCAAACUCAUUGUUGGGAAAGAGGUAGAAACUGUUGUUUACUGGUCAGACAAAUAUGGUCAUCGUGAGGAUGCAAAAAAGGCAAAAAAAAUUCUUGGC